AUGAUCAGUAUUCAUGUGCACCUGGGCGCGCACUCCAUCCCAUAUUUACCCUGCCUUAUCCAGCGCACACAAUCCUCACCCAAACGGGACCGAGCACGUGUGGCGCCUUUGGAUCGGAGACAGCUGCCCGUCCUGAAGGCCGCUGAUAAAACUCUUGACACCACUCCCAUCACAAAGAGACGCAGAGACGCUCCACAGAGAGGCCCCAAUGCUCCUUUCACAGGCUUAACAUGUGCGCGCGGGGCCGCCAUCGCAUCUACCGCCAACGCCGCCAUUGCCGCCACUUUCGCAGGUACACAGAUAAAUUGCGUAAGCGGCAAAACCAUCUGCUCGAGCGGGUGUCAGAUAAAAUGA